CGACGAGGGUGAACAUACGGCGUCGUACUUGGGAAGAACUUCCUCCUUCAACUGCCAUCUAGCCAGACGUGCGUUAUCUCCUUUUCGGUUUCACACAGUAACAAGAAACGAAAAUGAACACUCUGAGCUCAACGUGUCUCUGUAAUGCUCGCAUAUUGAAAUUUCCAUCAAUCUCUUCAUUUCCCAGAAACCCUGCGACGAAGAAUAUUUUACCGCGCAAUUGUUUCAGAAUUCGCGCGAGUUCAAAUGAGGUAGAUACGAAGACUGAAGAGGAUAUCGAAAAUGACGUACAAGAGCAAGGAACUGCAGUAGCUAGUAAGAUUUCAGUUGGAGCUACUUCAACCGGUCCUGCAUUCGAUAAAGAUCUUAAAAAGGUGGUUCAAAAAACUGCUGCUACUUUUGCUCCAAGAGCGUCGACUGCAUCGAAAAAUCCCGCCAUACCUGGAACGGUUUUGUACUCUGUGUUUGAGGUUCAAGGGUAUGUCUCUAUGUUUUUGGGUGGAGUUCUGUCUUUCAAUCUCAUAUUCCCAUCAAAUGAACCAGACAUAUGGAGACUAAUGGGCAUGUGGUCCAUUUGGAUGUUCACUAUUCCUUCCCUUCGUGCACGAGACUGCUCAAAGAAUGAGAAAGAAGCUCUCAAUUAUCUCUUUCUCCUUAUUCCAUUGCUUAAUGUCAUAAUUCCAUUUUUCUGGAAAUCAUUUGCUGUUGUUUGGUCAGCAGAUACUGUAGCCUUUUUCGGAAUGUAUGCUUGGAAGCUUGGAUGGCUACCACAGAGCAAAUAGUAUAUUAUUGAGCAUGAGGAGUUGGUUUCUUCCCUCUCGAUCCAUAUGCAGACAUACAUCUCAAAUAUCAUAGCUUAUGGUUGAUAUAAAGUCAUACUUUUAGCUUGUGUUGUAAUCAAGCGACUUCUCUGGGAUGGGUUGGUUAGAAUUUUAGGCAAAGAUAAAUUAAUUUCCCAAAUGACAGAGUACGUGGGCGCCGUUUUCAAUAUAUUAUAUACCCCUUGGUUGGUGGUUGUGAUUGUUGCAUUGUUGUAAAAAUUUGCCUAAUCCUUUUCUGCUGUCAAUAAAAAUUAAUAAGUUGUGCUGAAAUCCAAGUUGAAAUGAAACUGAUCUGUUUGUGUUUUGAA